AGCUUCGCCACCCCCCCUUCCUGGCGGCUUCCGCCGGCCCGAUGGCCUCGGAGGGCGCCGGAGAGGUUACGCCGCUCGAGCUUGGCCACCCGUCGGAUCCCGCCGACCUUGUCACAGAGGAUCCCGCCGCCGACGUUGUUGCAGAGGAGGAGUCCGAGGAGGAGGAGGAGUCCCCCGAGAAGGUGGAGAAGCCCAGCUACGACGGCAGCGGCGUGGGCCUGCUGUUUGACAGGCGCAUGGCCAGGCACCGUAACUUGGACGAGGAUGAUCAUCCCGAGCAGCCGCUCAGGAUCCUCCGCAUCUGGGAGCGUCUCGUGGCCGAGGGCAUCGCCGCGCGCUGCGUGCGCAUCCCGUGUCGAGAGGCGGAGCGGCAGGAGCUCGAGCUCAAGCACACCGCCGCGCACGUGGACAGCAUGCUGGCGGUCGCGGGCCUCGCCAGCGCGGAGGCGUGCAGACUGGGCAGGACGUACAACAGCGUCUACCUCUGCCGCCGCUCCACCCGCGCCGCGCUGCUCUCCGCCGGCUCGGUGCUCGAGGCCACCGAGCGCGUGUGCAGCGGGGACGUGCUCGCCGCCGCCUGCGUGGUGCGCCCGCCCGGCCACCACUGCGAGAGGGAUCGCCCGAUGGGCUUCUGCCUCUUUGGCAACGUGGGACUAGCCGCCGCAGAGGCCCGGGCGCGCGGCUGGUCCCAGCGGACGCUCAUCGUGGAUUGGGACGUGCACCACGGCAACGGCACCCAGCGAAUGUUCGAGUCGGACGGCAGCGUGCUUUUCUUCUCCGUUCACCGGCACGACAACGGGUACUUCUACCCGGGCGGGAUCUACGGCCACUACACCAGCCACGGCACCGCGGAUGGCGAAGGCUUCUCCGUCAACGUCCCGUGGGACGUCCGCGGAGGCAUCCGGAAGGCCAACCGCGCACCGGGGGACGAGGGACACCUUGGGCAACACCCGAACUUCGAUGCCUUCGCCCGCGUGCUGCUACCGAUCGCCGCGGACUUCCGCCCCGACCUGGUCCUGGUGAGCGCUGGCUUCGACGCCGCGGAGGGCGACCCGCUGGGCGGCUGUCACGUGACGCCGGCGGGGUACCACAGGCUCACCUCUGAGCUGAUGGGCCUCGCGGGCGGACGGGUGGUUCUCGCUCUGGAGGGCGGGUACAACCUCGAACAAACUUCCGCCGACGUGCCCUUGUCCCGGCAGACCUCCGUAUCCCUCGCGCAGUCCUUCCACGCCGCCACGGUGUCCGAGGUGGUGAGGCACCUGGCGCAGUUCUGGCCCUCCCUGUGCACUGGGGCCGGCGGCGAGCCGCCAGCCAGGCCCGAGCCGAAGCUGCCGGCAGCGGCGCUGUGCGGCUCCGUGGCGGAGAUGGAGGCCGCGCUGCGGGCCUACGGGGAGGAUCGGGAGGCGGGCUACGACUACCACGACCUCGCCUCCAAGCAGCAGGCGCAGCUGUUCCGGCUGGGGGACGUGCCAGAGCCCCCGCGCGGCGCGGGCCAGGGUGCGGGCUGGGCGGCGCUGCGGGACCGCCUGGCGCCAAGUGGGGCCGCGGCGGAGCCGCCGUUCGUGCUGCCCGUCGUGGAGGUCUGCUCGCCGGAGCGGGCCGUGGAGAGCGCGGGCCACGCGUACAGCGCAGGCGCCCACGGCGUGUGGCUCGUGAACCGCGGCCACGCGCACAGCCCAGAGGAGGCGGCGCUGGAGGGCCCCCCGGCGCCCCAGCUGACCAGCGUCAGGCACGCCUCCGGCCACGCGGGGGGCGCGACUGCCAAGGCCGGCAAGGCGCAGCUGGCGGCCUUGCAGGACUGCUUCGCGGCCGUCCGCGAGGCGUUCCCCGACUGGUGGCUCGGCCUCUCCGUCCCGCAGCUGCCGCCAGCUCAGGUCUUCAAGUGGGUGUCCUCCCACUGUCCCUCUGCGGGCGGCGUCUGGCUGGAUGAUCUUCCCGCCAGACCAGCGGACAUCUCCUGGGACGCGGAGAGGGGCCACGCGCUGCGCCUGGAGAAGUGGCUGCCGGACUCCCAGCCUGCCCUGAAGGCCGUGAAGCGGGAGAGGCAGCAGGCCAGCAGUUGGCCCGGCUUGGUGUUCGGCGGCGUGGCGGGCCCGCGCCAGCAGCCCGCGCACCACGAGCAGGACCAGGAGCACAUGGGGCAGGCGUGCCUGACGAUCCUGCGGCACUGGGCUUGCCUCGCCGCCUCCGCCUGCGACGUGGUCGUCACGGGCGGCCGGCCCAGAGGCUCGUCCUGCCGGCAGGCGAAGGCGCGGGCCUUGGAGGGUGUGCUGCCCCUCGCGGUGCUCUCCUGCGGCGAGCCUGGUGUGGCGGAGGAGUGG